GCCACUAGUUGCCUCCUAAAGUAUCACAGAUAGUACAUGCUUACGGAUCAGGGACCUGAAAUGGAAACGUCCAACUUUAUGACUUCUUCUUCAACUUCGGAUGUUCGACUUAAAGCCUCCUCCGUAGCAUCACCUUCUUCUUCCUCUACAAAUUCACCAACCUUUUUACGCAAUCAGACUUGUACAGCUGCGAAUCAAGGCAUAGAUAGAAAUCCGAAUUCGAAUUUGAUGACCCUUGAUAGAUUCUUAGAGGAUGUGUACGGCGAUCAUCAAGCUGCUACUGGGAGUACUCUGUUGAAUGCUGAAAGUGAGCCUCGAGAUGUAGCUGAAGAUAAUUUGAUGACGACUCCUAUCACUAGACCUGUGGUGCGGAAGACAGUGGACGAUGUUUGGAGGGAGAUCGUGGAGGGGAAGAAGAUGCGGUGGAAGGAGACGUUGGCUGUGGAAUGUAAGGAAGAGGAAAUGGAUGAAAUGAUGACCCUAGAGGAUUUUUUGUUGAAGGCUGGGGCUGUCGAUGAACGUGCAGUGGAGCCCUUGCCUCUGGAGGUGAAGAUCGAGCCUGUCUGCGAGAGGUUUAGUGGGGGAAGUUUCUUGUACGACAGUCCCAUCAUGUGUACUCCACAACAUAGUAUGGAGAAAAUGGAAGGAUUUGGGAAUGUUUUGGAGGUAAAUGGAGUAGGGAGAGGGAAGAGGAGAACUGUUUUGGAACAGCUGGACAAGGCUUCCAUGCAAAAACAACGGAGGAUGAUCAAGAAUAGGGAGUCUGCAGCAAGAUCCAGGGAGCGGAAACAGGCCUAUCAAGAUGAGCUAGAGUCUUUGGCAGCAAGACUGGAGGAGGAGAAUGAGCAGUUAUUGAGAGAAAAGGCUGAGAGAACAAGAGAACGGUUUAAGCAGUUGAUAGAAAAUGUGGUUCCAGUUACGCAAAAGCGAAGACCACGUCGAGUCCUGCGAAGAGUUAACUCCAUGCAGUUGUAACAGGCAAAUGAUGCCAUAUAUUUUCUCCGGACUGUUUGCCUUAUUUGCACAACUUGCGGAGGAAGUCGAGCGCUCCAUCAGUCCAGAAACCGUUCUAUUCCCUAGAUUAUUAGUAUGGGUGGCUGGGUGGUUAGUUACCCAGGCAGGUAUGGUUGAAACAUUGCUUCCGAAUAUAGUUUCAUGAGCUGUAUUCUUGUGCUGUAUCAUUAUUGGGUAUGCAUCUGCUAUCUGUAUGUUACUGUGCCUAUGUAUAGAUGCAGUGUUUCCGUAAAGUUCACGUGGCAUUGAACAACGGAAGGUCCUGAUUUCUCAACCACCUUGCCACACUGUAUUUGUUAUUAAUAGACCAAAACCCUAUUUGAGGUUGCGUUUGCGGUAGAGACUUUCUUUUUUGUUGUAACUUCACCCCAAACAGAUGUAGUGGUGUUCUUGUUGUAAAACUGUACAUUGUAUUUCAAGCUUCGUCCAACAUUCAAAAAUGAAAUUAAAAAAUGAUUGCCCAAUAAGGAGAUUUUCUCAAAAUAUGCCCUAAUAUUGUUGGGCAUAAUAGGGGAUUUUCUCAAUUAGGGGAAGAAGUAUGCUUGUGUUUCAGAAACUCUAUCAAAACUCCAUAAGCUCUUUGCAUAAUUGUUUCUUGUAAUUAAAACAUGAUUUUCCUGUUUCACAUAUUUCCCGUUUCU